UUGUUCUUGAGAGCUUCAAGUUCCUCUCCAAUGGCGUCCUCCGGCAGCAACCACAACCCUAGCCGCCCUUUUUUUCCGCCGGCAUUCCACUCUUCCGACGUAGCCACCUCCGUCCCCAACACCACCUUCGUGCAGGCCGAUCCCUCCACCUUCCGCGCCGUCGUCCAGCGCCUGACCGGCGCGUCUCCGGCGAAGGCCGCCGCCGCGAAAUCCUCGGAGAUCGGUCCUCGUAGGCCGGCGUUCAAGCUCCACGAGCGGAGACCGACCGCCAGGAAGCUGGAGAUCAAGCUCGGCGGCGGAGCGUUGGCGCGCGUGGCCGGAGAAAGCACAGCGUCGCCGGUGUCGCCGCUGGAGUACCUGGCGGCGCGUGGCAGCCCACGCACGCCGAUGGAGGAAGAGGAACGCGCGAUUGCCGAGAAAGGAUUCUAUUUGCACCCGAGCCCGUUAAGCACUCCGGUAGGAUCCGACCCGCCGGAGCUCCUGCCUUUGUUCCCUCUGCAUUCUCCGAUGGCUCACGACGGCGACGGCGAUCAUGAUAGUCAUCAUCGAUACAAUAAUAUUUUUAUCAAUAAGAAUUUUUAAUUUCUAUAUAUGUUAAUUAAUUUAUUUAUUAAUUCUACCUUUUUUUUUUUUGUAUGUAGAUU